AUGGCUACCCAGUGGUCAAGGUCGUUGACAGAAACCGAAUCAAGGUACGCCCAAAUAGAAAAAGAACUUCUGGCUGUGCAAUUCAGUCUUGAUCGAUUUCAUCAAUAUGUGUACGGAAAGGAAGUUAUUGUCGAGUCAGAUCAUAAACCUCUGGAGAUGAUAGCAAAGAAAUCGUUGGCAUUAGCUCCUCCUCGUUUGCAGAGAUUACUCCUGAGAAUACAGAAGUACAACUACACUAUCGUCUACAAAUCAGCUAAAGAAAUGGCAUUGCCAGAUAUGUUGUCAACAGCCCCAUUACCCGAAACUGACGAGGAAAUGGGAAAAAAAACGUUAAAAAAAACACGUAAAUCUCGUAAGUUCAACCCUACCAGCUUCAGAAUUCAAAUUACAAGAAAUUAGAGAAACAAAAAAGAGCGACGAAGGACUAAGGACAUUAUUGAAUAUCAUUCAGAACGGAUGGCCAGAUCAGAGAGAGAGAGCGUACCGUUGUCAGUCCUACCCUAUUGGAACAUUCGCGCUGAAUUGUUGGUGAUAGAUGGAAUGAUCUUGAAAGGCGACCGUAUUGUCGUACCAUAAAAAAGCAAUGAGAAAGGAAAUGCUACAAAGAAUACAUCAUGGUCACAUGGGGAUCGAGAAAUCGAAGCGAAGAGCUCGGGAUGCUCUUUAUUGGCCUUUGAUGAGCAAGCAGAUAGCUGAAAUGGUAUCGAAGUGCAUCGUAUGUCUUGAGCACAGAAAGGAGAAUACCAAAGAGCCUAUGAUACCUUUCAGAGUACCAACCAUACCUUGAGAAGUGGUGGCAACAGAUUUAUUUAGUUUGGAUAACUCGGACUAUCUAUUUUUUGUUGACUAUCUUUCCAGAUACUUUGAAGUUGUUAAGUUACCAGACACAAAGAGUUCAACGGUGAUCACCUACACCAAGUCGAUAUUCUCUCAACAUGGUAUUCCUGCAGAAGUCGUAAGUGAUAAUGGGCCACAAUACUCAUCUAGAGAAUUUGAAGCAUUCGCAGGAAGCUGGGAAUUCAAGCAUACGACAGUUAGUCCUCUCAACCCACAAGUCAAUUGUUUAGCAGAAAGGACUGUACAAACUAUCAAAGAUCUUUUAGGUAGAUCGAAGAAAGAUCAAUGAGAUCCAUAUUUAAGUUUAUUGGAAUAUCGAAACACUCCUAUCGAUGAUGUAGCAAGUCCAGCGCAGUUACUGAUGAAUAGGGGUUUGCGUUCAAGAAUUCCUCAAACGAUAUCGCAGUUGAAGCCUCGUGUUCCAGAUCCUGUUGCAGUAAAGAAAAAAUUGAAUCUCAAGCAGCAGAAACAGAAAUUCUAUUAUGAUCGUCAGUCAAAAUCUCUUACUAAGUUACACGAGAGAGAUAUAAUUAGAGUAAGAAUGAAAAGUUUCAUGGAAACCAGGUGUUGUCACUCGUGAAGAAGAAACACCGAGAUCGUAUUGUGUUCAGACUGAUGAUGGUGGUAAAUAUAGGAGAAAUGGAAGAAUGCUUCUGAAGUCUGUACAACCUGAUCCUGUAGCAGAGGGCAUGUUUAGUGGUGAAAUUCCUUCAACAAGAAUUCGAAGUAUACCCUCCCCUGAAAAUGUUGAAGCACUAGUUACUCCUGAUGCAACCCAAUCUUAA